AUGUUCUAUCCUUCAACUAAAGCCAUGCUAGACUUGGCUAACUCUCUUAAAGCCUUUAAAGGCCUUAUUUCUUUUCCUGAUCCUCUGUUUGAUAUAACUACUAACAGUUUGGCAGUCUUAAAGUUAUGUCAGUCCUAUAAACACCUUGACUAUCUUAUUCAUCUAUAUGAUUUGUUCUCUCUUUAUGUAUCCUCGCCACCACGAGUAUAUGAGAUUGAUCGUUAUUCAGGUUCUUAUCUACAGGACGGGGCGCCCUUGGUGCCUACGGCCGGGGGAGCUAAGGCUGGUUAUGGCCUUCUUCUUCAUACUGAUGGAUUCUCUAAGGAAGACGUUGUUUUACUUAUCUCUGUAUUGGAUGCCAAAUUCGGACUUACAGUUCCUAAUAGUAAAGGUGAGCUAAAAGCCAAAUUAGUAGGUUUAACUAAUGUGCAGUUUGAGGCAGCCAUAGGCUUAAUUUUAGAUGAUGCUUUCCAUGUGUAUGAUUUAUUCAAGGAGUGGAUCCUUACUGAACCUAAAGCUCAAACUCGCAUCAACAGCAAUGGGAAUGAAGUUAUCACUUGGCGCUUCCAAACCUUUAGCCAUGAAGCAUUUAACCCUUUAGCUGAACUAUUCCUCAGGGUCCAGUUUUCCAAGGGAAAACAAGGGAAAAAAAUGGUUAAAGACGGACUAAUAAGGGAUCACCUUACUCCAAUACUCAUAAAAAAUACCCCCCACAUUAAAGCUUUCACGUUAACAAAAAUUGAACAGGCUGAUCCCCCACGAGAGUCCAUAUUGACUGGGGGGGUUGGCACCUCUUCAUCGGGGCCACAUAAGGCUUUGACUGGCAACUCACCUGGUCACAGGGUGACAAUCUUUGAGGAUUGGGCAAUCAGCAGGGAAGCGUUGACCUUUGUUCAUCGCCCCUCAACGACUACACGCCUGCACCCUUCUGGUCUAUGUGGCAACCCUGCACUGAUGAGUAACACACAAAGCGAUGUCGGCUCAUCCUAUCCUAGAGCUGGUUAUAACUCUACUAUAUGCUGGAAAUCCCUUAGAGCCUCGAGUACCUCUCUUUUUCCAAAGGAG